AUGGACCAAAGAACAUCAAGCACAACACGAAAAGUCUCUGGUCGCGCCGCCCUGCUGGCGCGCGCCACCGAGACCACCUCCGACGCGGAGCUGGCGGCGCUGCUGCGAGUCCUGGUGCAGCGCGUCGACGAGGACCUCAACUGCCUCGCGCUCAUCGGCGACGCCCUGCACCAGCACGUGUUCGGCAGGCUCUUCUUCAAGAAGCUCGGCCUCGUCCCCGUGUUCAAGGUGACGGUGCAGGACGGCGAGGACCUGCUGUCGCCCAACUACCGCACGCUCAAGGCCAUCCGCCAGGUGCGCAAGGAGGGCUGCCGCGCCUACUUCCUGCUCUUCGCCAACGGCAUCCAGCUGGGCCGCCUGCUGCGCUUCGGCGACUCGCAGCGCGUGCUGGACACCCGAGGUCGCUUCGUGGUGCUGCACGACCGUAGGCUGUUCAGCCCGGAUCUGCACUACCUCUGGAAGAAGAUCGUGAACGUGGUGUUCGUCCGGCGGUACGGCGGCCGCCGCUCGUCGUGGUUCGAGCUGUCCACGGUACCGUUCCCCGCGCCCAUCCAGGGCGUGAUGGUGACGAGGCGCCUCGACAUCUGGCGCAGGGGCGCCUUCCGGCAGAACGCCGAUCUUUUCAGGGACAAGACGUCCGACCUGCAGAACCAGACGCUGGCCGUGGUGACGUUCGAGCACGUGCCGGCCUCCUACAAGCUGAGGCACGUCGCCAACGAGCACGGCGACGUCACGUCUGGAUUCAGCGGUCUCGAAGUGCAGGUGAUGCAGGCGCUGGCGCGCGCCAUGAACUUCGUGCCGCGGCUGUACGAGGCGCCGGGCGCGUCUCGCGAGCAGUGGGGGCGGCGGCAGCUGGACGGGUCGCUGUCCGGGCUGUUGGGUGAGGUGACCUCGGGCCGCGCCGAGCUGGUGCUGGGCGACCUGCACUACUCGCCCUUCCACCUGCGGCUCAUGGACCUCUCCGUGCCGUACCACUCCGAGUGCCUCACCUUCCUCACGCCCGAGGCCACGACCGACAACAGCUGGCAGACGCUCAUCCUCCCCUUCAA